CCCGGCAGCCGGCGCAGGGUUUGGGGUGUUCCCCCUCCCCUGCGGUCUCGGGAGUGACGGCGUUUCCCCCCCCCGGGGGAGCUGGGCCGGGGCGGUAAAUGCUGCCUCGGCUGCUUAUAUUUCAGGCGUGGGGCUGCUGGCUCUGCCCUGGCCAGGGCACACAGGCAGCCCAUUGUUGAAGCCCCUUCGGCGGCGACGGAGAGCAGGUGCUGACCAUGGCGAUGAUGACGAUGCAGCUGGGUGGGCUGAUGCUGGCUGUGCUGGGCUGGCUGGGCUCCAUCCUUACCUGCGCGUUGCCCAUGUGGAGGGUGACGGCCUUCAUCGGCUCCAACAUCGUGGUGGCACAGGUCUUCUGGGAAGGGCUGUGGAUGAACUGCGUGUACGAGAGCACGGGGCAGAUGCAGUGCAAGGUCUACGACUCCCUGCUGGAGCUCACCUCCGAUCUGCAAGCAGCUCGCGCCUUGGUGGUCACCUCCAUCUUCGUGGCCUUCUUUGCCUUCCUCACCGCCAUCUCGGGCGCAGACUGCACCCGCUGGGUGGAUGACAAGAGCACCAAGACCAGGAUCUCCAUCGUGGCAGGUGCCAUCUUUGUCCUGGCCAGCAUCAUGCUGCUCAUCCCUGUCUCCUGGUCUGCCAACAGCAUUGUCAGCAACUUCUACAACCCCAUGGUGCCUGAGGCCCUCAAGAGAGAGCUGGGGGCUGCCCUCUACAUCGGCUGGGCCUCCAGUGCCCUCCAGCUCUUCGGCGGGGGCAUCCUGUGCUGCUCGGGACCCCCAUCCCAGCAGGACCCUUACCCCAAGAAGUACAGAGCUGUGAAAACCUGCAGCCCAAUGGGCUACCCCAUGAAAGACUAUGUGUGAGCCACUGGUGCCAGCCCAAGGGAGAGCACCACUGCUCCCAUCCUGCUUCCACACACUACCCCUGCUGCCCACACGCUGCCUCCUCCUGCCUGUCCCCACGCUGGCUGUACCCCUGGCACAGUCCUCCCAUGUGCGCCCUUCCCAGCUGCACUCACAACAGACUAUAAACAUCUUGGUGCCACAGAGGCUGCCUGGGCUCAUUUUGAAGCGCCACGGUGGUGGUGGGGAGGACGGUGAUGUGUCCUAUGGGUGCCGUGCCCUGCCAGCCUGCUGCCAGCAUGGGGGCUGCUGCCCCAGCACCUGGCGUGUCCCCAUGAGGAUACGGUAGUGGCCAGCCAGGGUGGCCCCUCAAUAUCCCCCAGCAGGGACACUAAGGCAGGGAGAGUGUGCUGAGAGCCGAGGGGCACAGGGGACACAGCAGGCUCCCAGAGCUCAGUCCUUUGAGCCUCCAAGGA